AUGAAUAAUUUUACGCAUCACCACGGAGAUACUGCAUGGGUUAUGACAUCUACUGGUUUAGUAUAUAUGAUGACGCCUGCUUUAGCUUGUUUUUAUGGUGGUUUAGUUGAAAAUAGAAAUUUUCUUAAUCAGUUAUUUUUAUCAUUUGUUUGUAUGGCUAUUAUUCCUAUGCAAUGGUGUUUAUUUGGUUAUUCAUUUACUUUUGGUCCUGGAAAUUCAGUAUUUGGUUCAUUUGAAUAUGCUAUAGGGCUUAAAACAGGUCUUAUUACUUUAUAUGGUGAAAAUACUGACGAUUUUAAUCCAAUAGAAAUACCAUCAUUAGCAUUUAGUGCUUUUCAAAGUUCAUUUGCAGUAAUUACACCAGCUUUAAUUAGUGGUGCUGUUCAAGAUGGAUUUUUUUCUAAUCAAGGUUGGCUUCAUCGAAUGGGUGUUAUGGAUUUUGCUGGAGGUUUAGUUGUUCAUGUAUCAAGUGGAGUAUCAGGAUUAGUUGCUGCGUUGAUAUUGGGAUCUCGUGCUUACUUUGAUCCAGAUGUAGUCAAUGCUGGUCAGAGUAAUCUUUCAUAUACUGUUAUAGGUACUGGCCUCCUUUGGGUUGGGUGGAUGGGGUUUAAUGGAGGAUCAGCACUUGCUGCAACUGGUAUUGCUGCUUUAGCUAUUGUAAAUACUAAUAUAGCUGCAGGAUCAAGUAUGAUUAUUUGGAUUAUUCUCGAUAUUACACGUAGUAAAUCGAGAGGUCAAAAUAAUAUUAAUAUAUCUAUUCCUGGUGUUUGUUCAGCAGCUGUUGUUGGACUUGUUGUAAUAACACCAUGUGCUGGUUAUAUUCAACCAGUUUAUGCGCUUUUAGUUGGUUUAAUUGGUGGUUUUGUAAUCUAUUUGUUUUUAGCUGGAAAAAAACGUUUUUUUCAUAUUGAUGAUACUCUCGAUGUAUUUAGUUGUCAUGGUUUAGGUGGUUUUAUAGGAACUAUAAUGACUGGAUUAUUUUGUCAAACUGAUGUUAACAGUGGUGGUAACAAUGGUGCCUUCUAUGGUAAUCCUAUUCAAUUAGGAUAUCAAAUGUUUGGAAUAUUAAUAAUUACAGUGUAUUCAAUUGCAUGUACGACAGCAAUUUUAUUACCAAUGCAUUUUACAAUUGGUAUACGUAUAAGUCGAUUAGAGCAAGUUCGUGGUUUAGAUAAUGUUGCACAUGGAAUUAUUGAGAUAGAAAAACCACAAAAAAAUCCUCAAGUAAAAUUAGUGUCGAUGAAACAAAAACUAAAUCAUACUAAUGUAUCAUCGAUAGUUCCUAUUGAAAAAUAA